AUGAAGAAAAGGGUAAAUCGUCUAGAGGUUCUAAGGGUAGAAAAAACUACUUCUACCGGAACCCCGCCAUCAAAAGUAACCGAUCCCGCUCGCGGUCGCGGUCGAGGUAGUGGUAGAUCAAGUGAUGAAUUUACUGCCAAUCAGAAUCGUAUUCCGAAUGCUCGAAAAGAGUCGGGCAAAGAGCUCAAUUUCAUAUCUUACAUCCCAAGUUUUGUGGCAGGAUCUAUUGCGUCUUAUGUUAAUGUUGUCGCGGAUACAAAUUGUGGGUACAGAUGUGUUGCAGAACUAGUGUACCGAGAUCAACACAGAUGGAGUCGUGUGAGGAAUGAUUUAAUUGUUGAUAUGCACGAGCGAUUUGGUACGUACGCAUCACAAAAUGGGCAAGACGAAGUCAUCCGAUGGAUUGCAAGAUGUGAUUGGCAUGAAAGACCUUGUGGACCGGACAAAUGGAUGUCAUUUCCAGAUAUGGGAAUGUCGAUCGCGCGAAAUACAAUGCGGCUUUGGUCCUAUACUCCGUCGGCAGUAGUACGACUUACUUACCUCUAG